UGCGGACCAGAAAGCGCUAGGGGAAAAAAAGACAUACCUGAAAAAAAGCUCGCGGACGAGGAGUGAACGCAUGUAGCCUACCCUGGGGGCGGUCAGAACAGAAUUCACAUUUCAUAGCUUAUCACCUCUUUUAUAUUGGCUGCCGCCGAAACACAUUUUUCUGCCUCAGUCAAGAUUAAACGAGGUGAAGGAAUGAAUCGCUCAAGGGAUGGGUGAAUGAAUACCAGCACGGGAUACACCCACCAUAGCAAGUCUGAAACUGAAGGAGCUGAAGAUAGUUUGCCAACAGCCCGCGAAGCAAGACACACAGGAAGGGUCCUUUGGGAGCAAUAUUACCUGUAAACAUAUGUUUUGAAAAGGUUUUCUGAGCUCCUCUCCUAUACCAGUGUGAAGGAUGCCGGCUACAGGACUGAAGACGUGGGUAUGGAAUCCUCUACUCUGUCUGGCUCUUAUCUCUCUCUCACCUGCACCAGCUCCAGCUCAGGGUCAAGUUGCCACUCCACGAAGACUUCGUUUCAAGGUCCUGAGCGCAACCCAGCUGCAUGUGUCAUGGAAAGAGCCGAAAGGAGACUUUGAAAGCUACAGAUUUAUUUAUAGCACACAAUCAGAUGCAGAGGAGACUGAACUAGAGGUGACAAAGAAGGAUGCCAAAGUGAUCAUAGACUUUGACCCCAGACAGUUAUACACAGUCAAGGUCACUGCUGUGAAAGGUGCUCAGGAGAGCAAGCCACUUCUAGGAACAUUUGAGGCCCAACUUUCAGAGCCUGACGUCAAGAACGUACAGUCCCAGAAUGUACGCCCCAAAAACCAGAAAGACACCAGUGUCACAGAGGAGAACAAUGAGAUAUCUGAAGAGCAGUUCAUGUGUAAGACCCCGGCCAUAGCGGAUAUUGUGAUCCUGGUGGACGGAUCAUGGAGUAUCGGACGGAUAAACUUCCGUCUGGUCCGCAUGUUCCUGGAGAAUCUGGUUAGCGCCUUCCAUGUGGAGUUUGACAAGACACGGAUAGGUCUGGCCCAGUAUAGUGGUGAUCCCAGGAUUGAGUGGCACCUGAACACUUUCACCACCAAAGAAGCAGUCAUCGACGCUGUGAAGAACCUUCCUUACAAAGGAGGGAAUACACUGACGGGUCUUGCAUUGACGUACAUCCUUGAGAACAGUUACAAACCAGAGUCCGGAUCCAGGGCCGGAGUUCCCAAAAUUGGAAUCCUGAUCACAGAUGGGAAGUCUCAAGACGAUGUCCAACCCCCGGCACGGAGUCUGAGAGAGGCGGGAAUAGAGCUGUUUGCCAUUGGUGUGAAGAAUGCCGAUGAGAAAGAGCUGAAGGCCAUUGGCUCUCCUCCAGAGGAGACGCACGUCUACAACGUGGCUGACUUCAGUGUCAUGAGCUCCAUCGUGGAGGGUCUGACCAGGACCGUCUGCGACCGGGUCGAACAGCUUGACAAGGCCAUCAAAGGCGACACAGGCCCAGAAGUCACCAUGGCCGCUCCCAGAGACCUGGUGACCUCGGAAGUGACGGCCAGGAGUUUCCGGGUGUCGUGGACCCACGCCCCUGGCACGGUGGAGAAGUACCGGGUGGUGUUCUACCCUGCCAGUGGGGGCCAGCCCGAGGAGAAGGUGGUGCAGGGCACAGUGGACACGGUAGUGCUCAACUACCUCCUCUCCCUGACUGAGUACCAGGUGGCUGUGUUCGCCAUCUACGCCAGCUCAGCUAGCGAGGCCCUCCGAGGCAGCACUACCACAUUGGCCCUACCCAUGGUGAACAACCUGGAGCUGUUUGACAUCACCCACAAUAGCAUGAGAGCCCGCUGGAGGGUCGCAGAGGGGGCUUCUGGCUACAUGAUCCUCUAUGCUCCACUGACCGAGGGAGACGCCGCCGACGAGAAGGAGGUGAAAGUGGCUGAGACUGUGAACGAAGUGGAACUGGAGAACCUGACUCCAGACACAGAGUACACAGUGACCGUGUACGCCAUGUACGGAGAGGAGGCCAGUGACCCUAUGACCAGUCAGGAGACCACGCUACCCCUGACCCCGGCGCGGAACCUGCGCUUCUCCGACGUCGACCACAGCUCGGCCAGGCUCACCUGGGAGGCGACGUCCAAGAAGGCCAACGGCUACCGCAUCAUGUACGUCAAGACAAACGGAGUGCAGACCAAUGAGAUGGAUGUUGGCCGCAUCACCACCCUGUUGCUAAGGAACCUGACGUCAUUGACAGAGUACACGGUGGCCAUCUUUGCUAUCUAUGACGAGGGCCAGGCAGAGCCCCUUACAGACAGCUUCACCACUAAGACAGUCCCAGAGCCUCUGAACCUAAAGACCAGUGAAGUCUCCACAGAGAGCUUCAGGGUCACCUGGGAACACUCAGCCCAAGACGUGGUCCUCUACAGACUCACCUGGACCCCAACCAGAGGAGGAGACACUAAAGAGAUGCUAGUGAAUGGUAACAGGAACAGCCACCUGCUGACUGGACUGAGGCCCAUCACUGAGUACGAAGUCUCUCUGAUUGCUGUCUUUAGAAACGAGGAGGAAAGCGACGCCGUGACCCUCACAGAGUCAACAGUGGCAAGAACAACGACUACCACAAAAGCUACUACAACCACAACUACCACACGAGCUACCACCACAGCAGUUGUGCAUCUGGGUGCGAGGAACCUCCUGCUUAGUGAUCACACCACCUUCAGCAUGGAGGUGUCCUGGGAGCUGCAGGACCGCAAUGUGCGUCAGUACCGCGUCGCCUAUGUCACCGAGGGCGAUCGUGCCGAGGAGACGAAAAUGGUCCCCGGUGGUCAGAACAGCCUGCUGCUGCAGCCACUGCUGUCUGACACGGAGUACAAGGUGACGGUCACCCCGGUCUACACCGACGGAGAUGGCCCCGGUGUCAGCCGCAUGGGACGCACCUUGCCACUGUCUGCUCCUAGGAACCUGAGAGUGUCGGAGGAAUGGUACAACCGCUUCCGUAUCACCUGGGACACACCCCCAUCCCCAACUAUGGGCUACAGGGUCGUCUACAAACCCAUCUCUGCUCCGGGACCUGCUCUGGAGACCUUUGUGGGCGAGGACGUGAACACCAUGCUGAUCCUGAACCUGAUGAGCGGUACAGAGUACGGCGUCAGGGUCAUCGCCUCCUACACCACCGGCUCCAGCGAGGCCCUCACUGGCAAGGCCAGGACACUAUACCUGGGAGUGACCAAUCUGAACACCUACCAGGUGAGGAUGAACAGCAUGUGUGCCCAGUGGAGUUCCCACCGCCACGCCACUCUGUACCGUGUGGUCAUCGAGUCUCUGCUCAAUGGACAUAAACAGGAGGCAAGGCUGGGAGGAGGAGCCACCCGGCACUGCUUCAAUGACCUGACGGCUAACACGCAGUACAAAAUCAGUGUGUACGCCCAACUCCAGGACACAGAGGGGCCUGCAGUCACCACCACAGAGAGAACCUUCCCUGUUCCCACCCCGGCACCCACCAGGCCGCCCACUACCACCCCUCCUCCCACCAUACCCUCAACCAAGGAAGUUUGCAAGGCAGCCAAGGCAGACCUGGCGUUCCUAGUGGAUGGCUCCUGGAGCAUCGGGGAUGAAAGCUUCCUGAAAAUCAUCCGCUUCCUGUACAGCACCACAGGAGCCCUUGACACCAUUGGACCAGAUGGCACUCAGGUGGCCAUUGUCCAGUUUAGUGACGAUGCUAGAACCGAGUUCAAACUCAACUCCUACGACAACAAGGAGAGGCUACUAGAGGCCAUUAACCGCAUCUCCUACAAGGGAGGGAACACCAAGACAGGGCUAGCCAUCCGGCAUGUGAAAGACACCAUCUUCACAGUGGGGGGAGGGAUCCGGAGGGGCAUCCCCAAAGUAGUGGUGGUGUUGACUGACGGGCGCUCUCAGGACGAUGUCAACAAGGUCUCCAAAGAGAUGCAGAUGGAAGGGUACAUUGUCUUUGCCAUUGGUUUUGCGGAUGCGGACUAUGGGGAGCUGGUGAGCAUCGCCAGCAAGCCCAGCGAGAGACACGUUUUCUUUGUGGACGAUUUAGACGCCUUCCAGAAAAUUGAGGAAAAGCUGGUCACCUUUGUUUGUGAGGCUGCCACUGCCACUUGUCCUUCGGUGGCGAUGAGUGGCAGUACCUUGCCAGGUUUCAGGAUGAUGGAGAUGUUUGGCCUGGUGGAGGGUCUGUAUGGACGUGUAUCAGGAGUGUCCAUGGAGCCUGGCACCUUCAACAGCUUCCCCUGCUUUCGACUGCACAACAACUCCCUCCUCGCCCAGCCCACCAAGUUUAUCCACCCUGAGGGCUUGCCCUCCGAUUACACCAUCACCAUGCUGUUCCGCCUGCUGCCUGAAACCCCCAAAGAGCCCUUUGCAUUGUGGGAGAUCCUCAACAAGGACAAUGAGCCCCUGGUGGGCGUCAUCCUGGACAACGGUGGCAAGACCCUCACCUUCUUCAACCACGACUACAAAGGACAGUUUCAGACUGUGACCUUCGAGGGACCUGAAAUCAAGAAGCUCUUCUACGGCAGUUUCCACAAGCUGCACCUGGCUAUUAGCAAGACCAACGCCAAGGCUGUCAUCGACUGUAAGCUGGUUGGGGAGAAGGCCAUCAACGCGGCGGGCAACAUCACCACAGAUGGCCUGGAGGUGCUGGGACGAAUGGUGCGCUCCCGGGGGAAGAAGGACAACUCUGCACCGUUUCAACUGCAGUCGUUUGACAUCGUCUGCAGCACGUCCUGGGCCAGCCGAGACAAGUGCUGUGAGCUUCCUGGUCUGAGGAAGGAGGAGGACUGUCCUGCCAUGCCCCGGGCCUGCACCUGCACACAGGACAGCAAAGGCCCCCCCGGCCCCACUGGACCCCCUGGAGGUCCUGGGAUCAGAGGAGGAAGAGGGGACCGUGGAGAACCAGGAGCUGUGGGCCCGAUAGGUCCAGUUGGGGACGCUGGCACUCCUGGGCUGCAGGGGCCUCCUGGCCCCCAGGGCCCCAGCGGCCGCACCAUCAUGGGCCCCCCGGGUGGUCCAGGAGAGAGAGGUGAGAAGGGUGCAGCUGGAGCUCCAGGAAUACAGGGCAUUCCUGGGUCUCCUGGGUCACCAGGUCGAGAGGGACAAACAGGAACACGGGGACUGCCUGGUAAAGAUGGACCCCAGGGGCGAACAGGUCCUCCAGGGACUAUGGGCACUCCAGGAGCUCCCGGCUCACCAGGGUCAAGUGGACCUCAAGGGUCACUGGGAGACCAAGGACCUCCUGGUUCCGCCGGAAACAAAGGAGAGAAGGGAGAAAGAGGUGACCUGCAAUCCCAGGCAUCGGUCCAAGCAAUCGCCCGGCAGGUCUGUGAGCAGCUGAUACAGAGUCACAUGGCUCGCUACAGCUCCAUCCUCAACCACAUCCCCAGUGCACCCGUUUCGGUCCGCACCAUUCCUGGACCCCCAGGAGAGCCCGGGCGGCAGGGCGGCCAAGGACCACAGGGAGAGCAGGGGCCCGCGGGCAGACCAGGGUUCCCCGGGUCCAACGGAGAGAAUGGACAACCAGGAGGCAGAGGUUUGUCAGGAGAGAAGGGUGACAAGGGAAGCCCAGGUGUAGGAGUCCAGGGUCCCAGAGGCCCCGUAGGACCCCCAGGACCAACGGGUCAGGGGCGGACAGGUAGCCAGGGUCCGUCUGGUCGGCCGGGGAACCCUGGAACUCCUGGGCGGCCGGGUAUCCCUGGACCAGUGGGGUCGGCUGGACCUCCUGGAUACUGUGACCAGAACUCGUGCGUGGGCUACAACGUAGGAGUCCAAUUGCCCCCCAACGUCUACCAGAACUAUGACGAGGCGGGGGAGGAGGACCCCUAUAGGUACGACGCAGGGGGCUACCCCUCCGAGUACUAUCAGCCCAACUACCCAGCGCCCCGACCAGUCGAGCCCGAGGACCCAGCCCUGACCCAGGGCGACGAGGUGCUGAGGUCCCCCGGGAUCCACCGCUCCUCCAGGAGCCUGGCUGAAGAGGAGGAGGAGGAGAAGAAGAAAGAGGAAGAGGGGCCAGAGGAGAGGAAAAUGGUUGGUCCCAUGAGAGAGAGCAGACUAAGGAGAGCCUUGAGGAGGUCGGGGACACACGACUGAGGAGUUGGGACUGUUCAGUUAAAGGGAUAAAUAUCCAAAGGGGGUUCUAAGGACUAUCAUUAAGUGCCUGAUGUCAAUGUCAAAGGGACAUAAGGGAGAGGAAGGGUGGAGGAGGUUGGAGGAGAGAGUGGGAGGGACCAUCUUUCUGGAAGUGUUGUGGUUGGUGGUGUAGAUAUGGUAUCUGUACUGUUGGUUGUAGCGUGGUCAGAUUUUAUUGUGUGUGUUAAUCGGUUACUUCAAGAGAUACAAUUGUAUUGUUAUUUUCUUUUCGUUUUCAGCCUACCACCUCUGUGCUUCAUUCAUCUAAUUUCAUGCAAAUGAUCCAUUUCCUGGGCACGGUUUACUUCAAGUGCUUGUUUAUGAGCUUAGUAAAUACUGGAAGAACAUAGGCCUAUAGUGUAGUGUAGUAUAUUAUAGUCUAGUGUAUAUUAUAGUAUAAUAUAGUAUAGUUUAGUAGUAAUAUUUUUGUUCAAUUGUAGCUUUUAUUGCUAGGAUAUUUGGCAAGAGUGGAUAGCAAGUACUAUUUGAACAUUUUGAAAAUAUAAUAUAAUAUUAACAAUAUACUACUUGGUGAUAUUUGUAGUGAAUACAACUACCUAUAUUGAUAACUAUCCAACUAACAUUAUAAAUAGACUCAAUAUGACCAGUUAUUCUCCAGCUGUUCAAAACUUGACUAUUAUUAUUUAUUUUGAUGAAAUGUCCCAUAAUGUAAUAUUUGCAUGUGUGUUUGUUUCACAUAUAAUUAUUCCAUAUCAAUUUAUGAUGCUAUUUUUACCCACCCAUGGGAAACAACAUAUCAACAUAAAAAUAUAUGCUUUCAUAUCUUGAUAGGGUCAUUCAAGCUACCAGCCAUAUAGCCCAACUAAUACCCCCAUUGCAGUGUUACAGUACAAACAUUUUGCUCUUUGUAUUUUUACGAUACAUGUAUGUAUGUCUUUAAAGGGUGUUUGAGAAGGUGCUAAACAUGUAAUAUAACAAGAUUAUGAGUUAAAUAUGUGAAAAAAUAUAUUUCUUUUUUUAAUGUAUGUUUAUUGUUAUUGCAAGUGUCUCGGAAUAUGGUCUCCAGAACAGGAACGUUCAGCCUACAGUAUUGUGAUGAGUUGUUAGGCCUGUGGUCUAUUCACCUUGCAGAGCUCCAGAGACUAACUAUGUGGAACAGGCCACUGUAGUGUCUCUCAUCAGAACACGUUUCAAUCAAGGAAGUAAUUUAUUUUUUACUUGGUAUUGGUUUUUCAAACAAUAAAAUUGAAGUACAACCAUUAUUUGCGGUGGGUACUCUCAACACUG